GACCGGGGGAGGCUGCUGGCUGAGGCGGAGGCGAUCAAGGCAGUCACGCAGGUGUUAGACCAGUUCCUGCCCGAGUUGGGUCGCUACGAGGUGCGCAUCAGCCACCGGGCCAUUGAGAGGGCCAUGUACGACAGCGUGGGGCUGGGACCCAGCAGCAGCAGCACCACCACCACCGGGGCUUCGUUAGCCGCAGCAGGGGGAGCUGGUGCAGCACCAUCAGCAGCAACAGCAGCAGCAGCUGGUAGUGUUGGAGGGGCUGCAGGUGCUGCAGGUGCGGCUGCAGGUGGCACCGGUGCUGGUGGUGCAGGAGGUGUUCGCGAGGUGGAGGUGGCGGCCCGGCGGCUGCUGGCCACCGCACUGCGGGGCAGUCCCAUGCUGGGGGCGGUGCGGGGGGAGCUGAGGUACAAGUCCUGGCCCUCCGUGAAGGCGGGGCUGGACGGUCUGGGGCUGCCAGCCGACCGCGUGGCUCGCUGCAAGCGGGGCGUGUGCGAGCUGCCGGGGGACGCGGCAGGGGGCGGGCUGGGCCGGCUGAGGAGCUAUCUGCAGGAGGUGGUGGCGGCAGCGGCAGGAGGAGGGGGAGGCGGUAUGCAGCAGCAGGCGGCCGCGGGAGGCGCAGGAGCGGGUGCUGGUGCGGGUGCUGCUGCGGGUGCCGCUGUGCCGCUGCCGGGUGCCCUGGCGGCCGCGCUGGAGGAGGUGGCGGUGGUGGCUCAGCUGCUGGACGUGUGGGGGGUGCCCGCAAGCCAGGUAGUGUUGGAUCCGCUGAUGAGCCCCGCGGCCGAGUACUACAGCGGCGUCAUAUUCCAGGUGCACCUGCUAGGGCUGCCUGCCGCCUCCGGGACCCAAGGUGGCGCACUGGGCUCCGGAGCCGCUGCCUCGCCCCACAUGAUGCUGGGGACGGGGGCGGGUCACCACCAUGCGGCGCGACCCGCGGCCCCCCUCACCCCCGGCAUGGUAGCCGUGGGCGGCCGCUACGACGCCCUGCUGCGGGCCUUAUGGGCCGCCACACCGCAUGCAGCCGUGCCGUACCAUUUGUACGGCGGAUCUCCUCCACCGGGUGCCGUCGGCGCCACCCUCAAUGUGGAACGACUCAUCGUCAGCGUCUCGCAGCAGCGGGCAGCGGCGGCGGCGGCAGCGGCAGCAGCCGGCGGCGGUGGCAGCGGGUUGGGUGCCGCCGGGGGUGCGGGGUACUACAUGGGUUUCGGAGCGGGGGUUGCUGGGGGCCUAGAGGCAUCCAAGGCCGACGUGCUGGUGUGCGCCCGCGGCGGCGACGGCGCGCUGGCGCAGCGCAUGGCCCUGGUGUCUGCCCUGUGGUCUGCGGGGGUGCGCGCGGAGCUGAUGCCGCGACUGUCUCCCAGUCUGGGGGAGCAGUACGCGUAUGCGCAGGCGCGUGGCGUGCGUGCGGUGGUCAUCCUGGGGGACAAGGAGGCGGCGGCGCAUGAUGUCAAGAUCAAGAGCCUGGACAAGCGCGGGGAGAGUGUGGUGCUAGCGCUGCAGGAGGCGCCCAGAUACCUGGCGGCGGCGCUAGCGGGGCCCUAUGCGACGGCGGGUCGGGGACUGGCGGCGGCAGUGGCAGCGGCCAUGGCGCACGCGGGAGGUGGUGGUGGCGGUGGUGGCGGCGGGGGCUUCGCUGGAGGCCUCGCCGCCGCCAGCGGCGCCGCCGCCGGCUCCGCCGCCGGCCAGCGGCAGAGCGGCGGUCUUGGCGGCUUGGGACUGGGCGGCGGUGGCGGCAUGUACGAUAUUGGUGGUGGCGGCGGCAGCAUGCGAGAACGCGGCCGCGGCGACCGCGAUCGAGCGGAGGACGGCGUCGGCGGCGGACUGGGCCGUCGUGG